UUGCAGUUUGGGCACUCGGUCUCUAAAAGGUUUGCCAUCACUGAUCUAGCCUAAACUGUGACCUUUGAUCUUCCAUCAAGGGACAUUUUUGAAAUGUCGAUUUUGAAAUCAAGGAGCUACCCAAAAAACCCCACAACCCUAUCAACACAGGCAGCCUAUGCUAAUGUAUAUAAGCAGGGAGAAAACCCCACACCCAGGAACACUGAUGGCGUUACCUAAUGGGGUAAUGAAAGGUCUGCAAGCAUGUAACUCAGCUCAAAGAAUACCAAGGACUCCACAGUUCAAUAUCUGAGCUUACAGAUAUUUCCAACAGACCCAUCUCCCGGCCUCAAGGAGCCACGGGGGACCAGGGACCUAGGCUAACUGCCGAAGAAAACAACGGAUUGCCAGAAGGUAAAUUAUUCAAACCAGGAAGGAAACGCAGCCAACCAAGGACCUGGACGGAGUAACUCUUCCCUUGCUACUGCUCCUCAGUCCGGCGCAUGGAGCACGCAGACAGGCGGAGAGGGAAACCAGCGUCGGGGAUGGGGGUCUGAGGCAGCGCACGGACGACGGAACCGAGUUGAGGAACUCGGCCUGGUCGUCACACCCGCCCUUUGACUUCCCCUCUACCCAGCCUGCACCUCCAGGGCGCAGCAGCGAGAGGGUUAAGCGAUCGAAGGGCUGCGGGCGGGGGAGGCGGCCGGCUGUCAGGAAGGAGCAUGUGCAGUUUGCAUUGCAACCGCAUCCACGCUAUGGGUCCUCUUCAUUGGCACAGCGGCGGCGGCGCAAGAGAGGCUACAAAAGGAACCGCUGCCAGCUCGGAUCCAUCCAUGGAGCAGAGGCGGAUGAAACGCUGCUGAGCGGGUCCCAGCCGCGCCGCUGCGGGGAGCAGGCACCUGCGCCGGGCGGCCCUCCUUGCGUCCCACUGCCCAGCGUCACCCGGGUGCAGAAGGCAGUUCCUUUUCCUCAUCACUGACCGGCUGCAGCUGCAUGUUUUCCUCACCUGAAGCCUCAGGGAUGUCCUGAUGCAGCUGUACUUCAGCCAAAUCCCUCCGAGAUGGCUGCUCAGAGCCAUUGGCCAACUCCCCUCCUGACGUGCUGGGAACUGGUUCAUCCUCCUCCAGAUUGACAUUUGGAAAGGAAUUGUUCGUGGCCAGACAUGCCCAUGAAUGUGGUGGAAUCUAGGCAGAGUUCCUGCUGGGGACUGUGUGGAAGGAUGGCAGCUGCAGAACCUUUGACUGCUUUCUCCCGUUGGUACCUCUAUGCCAUUCAUGGCUACUUCUGCGAGGUGAUGUUCACAGCUGCUUGGGAGUUUGUGGUCAACUUCAACUGGAAAUUCCCAGGUGUCACCAGUGUAUGGGCACUCUUCAUCUAUGGGACGUCCAUCCUCAUUGUAGAAAAGAUGUAUCUGUACCUGAAGGAUAAGUGUAACAUACUAGUACGCUGCCUGAUUUACACUCUAUGGACAUAUCUUUGGGAGUUCACAACUGGCUUCAUUCUACGCCAGUUUAAUGCCUGCCCAUGGGACUAUUCACAGUUUGACUUGAACUUCAUGGGCCUCAUAACCCUGGAGUAUGCCAUCCCAUGGUUCUGUGCAGCAUUUAUCAUGGAACAGCUAGUCAUCAGGAACACCCUGCGUUUGCGUUUUGAUGAGAAUGCUGAACCAGGUGUACCCACAUCUGUUGCAACUUUGGCCAAUGGUCAUGUGAAAACUAACUGAAUUAUACUUUAGACUACGCUAAGACUAAGCAAUCGCUCCUGCCCCUUCAUUAGAGACUUGGGAUGAUGGCCUCAACAGCAAAACUCCUGUUUCCUGUACGAUAAACAAACCUCCUGGGUUUGGAGGUAUGCAUGAAAAAGUGGAAUCAGUAGGUUUUCUAUGAAUGUUAUUCUCUUUCUUUCUCUUGGUUCCUUUUUUAAAAAAAAAACAACAACCCUGCAAGUAUCAUUGUCAACUACCUGUUGACUAGAUAGUUUGACUUGUAACUUAUUCUGAAAACAAUUCUGUGAUCAAUACUUUAUUAUAUCUGGGUUUGAAAAAACAAAAGGCUGGCCCAAAUUGUUCAAAUAACAUUAGUAGAUAGCCACAGAUAUCCCCAGUUGACUUAGAAUUGGCUUAUAUUCCACUCAGGUGCUUGCUUGCAACCAAUACCUCCCAUGGGACCUGAGAUGCUGCAGUCAAGGAAAAAUCAAUUCCUGUUGAAACAGCCCAACAAAGUGGCAGACUACUGUGGAGAUAGAACUUGCCCUGUUGUGUACUUUUCUUAUGGCUUUUUUAAGUUGCACCACAGUGUAUAGUAUUAUGGUGCUGGACAUCCUGCUGAAUUUCUAUAAAAAUAUUACUUUUUGAAUCAUCUGUUACGACGCGCACUAGAGUGUUUCCCACUCUCAUGUACCUAUUUUUUAAAUAAAGAACUAUUUUGCUGGAUAAAGUCAAUCAUUGCUGUACAACCUGCAUUAUAGACAUGUAGGCAAAAAAGUAGGAGAAAAAUGGCUAAAGUCCUCUCUACCUCUUCCUCUCAUACUUUCUGGUGGAACUCAACAGGAGGGCUCCUUCAGAGCUGAUUCUUGCUAACUUUCAUUGUGACUGUUUACAUCAUCCAAAUCUUCUCUGGCUUCCUCCAUGGGGAAUUUUCUAGUCUCAUAAAUCCAAGUGUCUAUAAAUAUGGACUACUGAUAUCACAUUGAAAUCUUUGCCUGAUGCCUGGAUUAAUUGGGAGUGGAAAUCCUGCAGGACAGACUCUAGAAAGGCCUGUGGUCAAUCUUUUUUGUAUUGAUCUUCUCUGCGGUGGUGUUCUCAAUGUACAAAUGGUAGAAUUAGUAGUGCAGCAAUAUCUCUUCAUAAAGCUAUUUAUGAGCAACUGUCGAUGUUUGCUGGGGAGGAACUUUGAAGGAUCAUCCUUCAAGAUGGUUCAAGUGAGUGGAAAACAACACAAAAGGGCUGCAGAUAUUCUGGAGUCAGGGACCAAAGUGAAUGUCCCAAGAGAAAUAUGUGAUAUAUGCAGGGACAGCUAAAGAAGAAAUAGCAAUGAACAAGAAGGGGUUCUUUCUGGAAGCCAUCAAAAGAAUCUGUUCUUUAGGUUCAUAGAAUGAAAGAGAAAUUAAAAAAGGGAAGGGAGUAGCUUGAACUAAAUACAUCCAAUAGCUUUAAGAAGAUAUGCUAUCACUAGGCUUCUUGGACCAGAAAAAAGUCCAGAUAUCAUUUGCAUAGAACGGAAUGCCCUGAGAUGGAAUUGCACCAGCAACGGAAUGGGCUUGUACUUUCGUGGUGGCACCACCUCUUUUCUUUAAAAUAAGACUGUCUUGCAGUUUGGUAGACAACUGUUAAUUUUUAACUAUCUGGCAGUUAUUUUAUUGUAGAUCUGCUCACCUGAUAGGUUAGGACCACCAUUUGAAGAACUCUCUGCCCCCAGUUUGCACUGCCAGGGAACUUUGCUACUUAUAGCCUUGAUGGCAAUAGAUUUGGAAGGGUUGAGUUCUAUUCUAGGAACAACAAAGCGGGCAAACUGCUACCCUGAGUAAAUGUUAUGUGGUCAUGAUUAAGAAUGAAGGUAAUAUUAACUUGAUAGAUAUUUUCAGAGAGUGAUUAUUUUAUUUCUUUACAUUUCCCCACAGACCUGAUAAUCCAUUGCUGGUAGUGGAUGAGCAGGAAUAUUAGCAGUGGAAGUAUUCCCAAGUCUGCCCUACUGUAUUUAUUCUCCUGAUACACUUAACAGGAUUAAACUUUGUAAUUUAUAUAAAAAUUCUUAUAAUUCUUCCUUUUUUUUAGUUUUAAUCGCUUCUGAUCCAAACUAUGUUUCAGGAAAGGGGGGGACCAUGCAGAGCAGAAACCUUUGUUAUUAGCCUUGCAAUGAUGGCUAUCCAUACUAAAAAAAAAUAAGAUAGUGGAGUGAAUCGUAUUUCUUUUACAUGUGGCAGGAAAUGGGCCACAUUUGCACUUUCUGGUAACCAUCAUCUGUGAAGCCUUGGAAAAGGCUAGAGAACUUCAGUCUUGCCAUUACUUGAAGAUAUAUAUUCUUGGUACACUUGAAGUUUAUGAAAUCAUGCUACAGGGGUUAGUAAGUUAAUGAUGAUGUUAUCCAUUCAUCAUGUCGGACUCUUGCAUUACAAGUGCACUAAAUGAAGGUUAAAGAUAGUAAAAUUACUGACUACAAAGGAGUUGGAUUUUUCUACUGGUAAUACCAUUUCCCUGCAUUUGACAAUACUGUAAUACAAUUCUAUGUUCUUUAGGGAUUGGAGACAAUAAUCUGAUUCUAAAUGACCUGAUGUUUCAUAGUGGGUCAAUAAUUAUGACAUUCUGCAAAUGUGUUGCAUUUUCCUCUGUUACAUUAGCACUUCUAAAACUUAUUUGAUGUCAUUUUCUUUGGUAUAUUGUGCACAAAUAUUUCCAUGCACAAAUACAGAAAAUGUGUAUGCCAGAAUCUAGGCUGAGCUAUUAAUUGUUAAUAUUGUUGAUGCAGAAAUCUUCUUUAACCUGGUGUGCUUGAGAUGCAUUGGACAAAUCCCCAGGUAGCAUGUCUGGAGGUACCAGGUCAGGGAAUAUUGCCAUUCAACAUCCAUCAGAUAAUUCAUUGACUGGGUAAAUUUCCUUUAAUUCAAUGCGAAAUUCUCUCCAGGUUAUCUUAUUAGCCAGGCUGUGCAGAUCUCAUUUCUGGUCUGGAGGAAAUCAACUUACUAGCAGCCAGAGAUUUUUCACUUUCAAUUUAUUUAUGUUUCUUUUAUUUUUUUCCCAAUUCAAAUGGAUGUGGAGGUGGUGGGGAAAGAACCAAACUACUGAUGUUUAUUACUGGAUUAUUAAUGAUAGUUAUAUUAUUGAUAAUAGUCACCAAAAGGCAGUGGAGGAUAUACUGGCACUUGAGAUGCAUAAUAAUGAAAUAACUCAGUUAAAUUUUUGCUUGUAUGUGUAUCCUCCUCCAUAAAUUAAAAUUGCCUGUUUGAAUUCACCAGCAAUAAAAAAAACUUGUGCUUUG